CCUAACGGCCGUUCACUCCUGAUAGUACCGGCAGUUUAGGCGCACACACGUUUCGACGCGUUCCCCUCACUGGUCUUCGGUACGUCUCGUCGUUUCCAAACUUACUUGUACUCAUACUUACUCACCCGUUUACUCACCCGUUCACUCACUCACUCACUCGCUCACACCCGUUUUGUCACCGUUCGACACUCGUCCCUCGUCGUUAUCUCGCGCCGCGUUUUCUCACGACCUUCGCCUUCCUCACUUUGGAUUUUUUGAAUUUAUUUUGUUUUUGUCCAUAACAUUUUUUUUUUUUUUUUAACUUGCCACCACCGGUCUCUCUCUCUCUCUCUCUCUCUCUGAAAACAUGUCCGCUUCCGACGUUCAAUUGGAAUCCUGUCCGGUCGACGUGGCCAUCAACGAGAUGCACGGCAACAAAUUCGCCCUGAUCAACUGCUCGCUGCUGGAGAACACCAUACCGGUGUACAAGUACAAGUGCAAGCGCACCGGCAUCACCAUAGUCAUCGGCGACAUCGAAGGGCCCGUCGUCAACGGAUACUUCACUCUGGCUACCGAAGCGCACGACGACGACGGACUUCCGCACACAUUGGAACACUUGAUCUUUCUUGGAUCCGAAGACUAUCCGUUUAAAGGCGUAUUAGAUUUGGUCGCCAAUCGUUGUCUCGCGUCCGGCACGAACGCUUGGACAGACGUCGUACGCUCUAGGACAGACGUUGAUCACACUUGUUACACCGUCACCACGGCCGGAAGUGAAGGAUUUCUGUCGUUGCUUCCGAUCUAUCUCGAUCACAUUUUGUAUCCGACAUUAAAAGACGCCGCGUUCGUCACGGAAGUGCACCACGUGACGUCCGAAGGCAAAGACGGCGGUGUGGUCUAUUGCGAAAUGCAGGGAAGAGAAAAUUCCGGAGAGAGCAUUAUCAAUUAUGAUCUGCUCAACCGCUUGUAUCCUGGCGAAUGCGGUUAUAAAUCUGCGACCGGAGGCAUUAUGAAGAACCUAAGGGAAUCGACUACCAAUGAAAAAGUACGCCAAUACCAUCACGCUUUUUACCGUCCCGAAAACCUAUUGCUGUUGAUAACUGGAAAAAUCGAACACUCCGCUUUGUUCACCGCCCUCGAACCGACCAUCAUGAAAAUUUUGUCCAAGGGCAACCGAGGAGAUUACGUUAGACCGUGGCAGACCCCCGUGGAACCGAUUGAGGACUCGUACAACUUCGCUAAUGUCUUUCCGUGUGAUGAAGAGACAAAUGGGUUGAUAAACGUCGGAUACCGAGGACCGGACGGUGCGGAUUUCAUGUAUAAGUAUUUAGCUUGCGAAUUGCUUUUAAAGUAUCUCACGGACACGCCGAUUUCUCCGUUGCGCAAAGAGUUUGUCGAGAUAGCCGAUCCGUAUUGCAGCCGAGUCGGUUUCAGCAUGACGGCCCAUAUGAGCCCGGCCAUCGUGAUCGAGUUCGAAAACGUACCCGUGACCAAAAUAGACGCUUGGACCAUUCCGGUGAAAUUGGAAGAAGUGUUAAACAAACUGGCGUCGGACGAGGAAUACUUUGACGUGGACAGACUCAGGGUUUUCAUCGAUAGGUACAAGCUGGCGUUGUUGACCACUUUGGAGAAUUCGCCCCACGACAUGCUCGCCAUGUUGAUCAUCGGAGACUUUUUGUACGGAAACACUCCGGCCGACUUGGAGGAAAGGUUGAACAGAAUCCGCCUUUUGAAGCAGCUAUACAAAGAAGACAUUUUGUUCUGGAUCGAAAUACUGGAGACUUACUUCAUCGACAACAAGCGGGUGGUCGCCCGGGGAUCGCCUUCGAACAAGAGACGUAACGAUUUGGCCGCCGAAGAACACAACAGAAUCGCCCAACGCAAGGCCAUGUUAGGCGAAGAGGGUCUCAAGACCAAAGCCAUCGAGCUGUUGAACGCCAAAAACGAAUGCGAGAGAGUGCCGCCAAAGGCAUUGUUGACUUCCGUUAAAAUCCCAAACAUUAAUUCGAUAAAAUUCUUUUCGUACGACACGUACUCGACCAAUUCGACGUUACAACACCCGUCGUUCCUGACAACCGACGUUCCGCUCUACGUAGAAGCCGAUCACGUUAAAAGCAACUUUGUAUACAUGUACACGUUCAUAAACACCAAGGACUUGCCGUUGAACCUCCGCAUGUAUCUGCCGUUGAUAGUCGAUUUGAUUACGGAAAGCACGGUCGUGCGCAACGGCGUGCAAGUCCAUUACACCGAUAUCAUCGCCGAACUGGAAAAAGAUCUGGUCAAUUGGAAAUCCGAAGUGGGGCUCGGAUCACCGUCCUGGUUUUUGUGCGGAACCUAUUCUUCGGUGUUUACGUUGUUUUUGCAAUUGGAACCGGAAAAGUACGAGAGAGGCGUUAGAUGGCUCAACGACUUUUUGUACAACACUAAAAUAACAAAGGAAAAGUUUUCGGUCAGCGUAUCGAAAAUCGCCAACGAAGUGUCCAGUUUCCGUAGACACGGCGAUCACAUGUUGAAAGACUUAUUGAGAAACAUGAUGUACAACAAAGAGAACAACCACUACGCUUGCAGCACGCUUAGACAGCAGACGUUUUUGGCCGGCUUGCAGGAGAAAAUCGAAACCGAAGAAGGAUGGUUGUCGGUGACCGAAGAUUUGUCUGCCCUGAAAUUGGCACUGGCCAAUCCGGACAACAUCAAGUUGCACAUCUCAGCCAAUUUGAACCGUCUUUGCGAAAUCAAACCGAGGGCGUCGGCCAUGUUGAAGCGGAUAAUUCCUUCGGAAGCCACGCCGACCAAACAGCAGUUUGACACUGUCGACGAUUACAAGUACACGUUGCCCGUAGCCCAGUGCGUCAACCGGGCUUGCAUCGUUGGCAUGGGUUCCAUCGAGUCGAGCUUCUUCGUUCAGAUCACCGACUGCAUCAACGACUUCAAUCAUCCCGACCUGCCCGCUCUUUUGGUGUUUUUGCAAUACUUCACUCAGUUAGAGGGUCCGAUGUGGCGAAAGGUGCGCGGAUUGGGUUACGCCUAUUCGUACAGCAUUUCUCCGAAGAUUCACGAAGGAAAGAUUUACUUGUACUUUUACCGAGCCGUCAACAUACCCGCCGCCUACAAGGCCACCAGGACCAUUUUGGAAGAGCACGUGUUGACAAACGCCCCGUGGGACAUGGCCCUGUUCGAAUCAGCCAAGUGCGCCACCACGUUCGAAAUCAUCGACCGCGAAUCGACCGUGGGCGAUUUGAUUUCCCAAUCGGUGUUGCACCACUUCCGGGACAUGUCGCAGAACUACAACCAGGACCUCGUGAAGAAAAUCGCCAGUGUCACCAUCCGCGAAUUGCCGAAAAUCGGUAGGAAAUACGUGAUGCCUUUGUUCGAUCCCAAAGUGACCGUAACCGCUAUGGUGUGUCAGCCAUCGAAAAUCGACGACGUGGCCGCCGAGUUCAAAGAGAUGGGCAUUCCAGUGAAGGUGUACCAAAAUCUGGACGAGAGUUUUCUCAGCGAUGCUUAAAAAAAAAAAAAAGUCACUUAAUCGGUUGAAACGUUAAUUUUUAAUUCCAUUUUUAUUCGCUUUCAAAAAUAUUUCUCGCUCGUUUCGAGUUUAGCCAAUUAGUUCCAUUUUUUUUUAUUAGCUUUUAAAAUUUUUUUGAGCUGUUAUAGCUUAUCUCGAUCAACGUACGCGACAUUAGGUUGUUUUAUCUUGAAAUAAUACAAUUUAUCUUGAAUCAUAUAUAUAUAUAUAUAUAUAUAACAUGUGUAAAAUAUUCAAACAAAAUUCUCAUCGUUUCGAUUAAAAUAAAUCACAAUUAAAUAUAUCAGUUGAAAAUAAUUAAAUAACUAGCAACGUUAGUUUUGAGAGGUUUCGUCCGGGUUGGCACGAACCGAUAUUCGGUCCAACUCCAACGAAGAAAGACCGGACUGUUUGAACGUGUCGUACACUCCGCCGGCCACUUGAAUGCCGAACGCAGUGAUGUUUUCUACGUUCAACGUGGGUCCGUCGUCUAGCGGCUUGCCCCGAUAGUAAGGCUUGAAUUUCUUCAGCGGCAGUUCCACAGUGUUUUCCGUGUCCAACGUCACCUGGUGUGGUAGUAAUAAGUCGUUUAAAGAAUAAUUAUUUCUAAUUUGUUUUUUUUUUUGUGUAUAUUUCAUAAUGUGUAACAUAUAUAAUAUAUAUAUAUAUAUAUAUUAUUAUUAUUUUGUAUUAUACUGUAUACGUAUGUAUGUGAUUAUCGACAAAAACCUGGAAUUGUUGUUCGAACGACGGGUGCGGCUCGUUGUUUUCGUUGUUGUGCCGCAGUACGAUUUUGUAACGGGUAGCGUUGCCCUUCGGCCGGCACACGAAAUGUAUGUAAUCGUAUCCGUUGAGAUUUAAUUGCUGUCUCGUCGUGCGCACUCCGCAAAAGCCGGCGCCGUUUGGUUGCGGGUUUACCAACGUGAACAGAAUGGCCGACUGCGCUUUGCUGGUCUUGUACACGUCAAACGACGCUUUCGAUUUGCCUUCGGCUCUUACCGUGUCCGACAGUUCCGACCAGUCUUUGGACAGAUCCCGAACGUUACCGAAAUCGAACAGCGUCAAACUCUUCCUGGGUUUUUGUUUAUUUAUUAAAAAAAAAAAAAAAUCAAUCAAUCAGAAUACAAUCAUUUGAUUAAUAUAAUGUAAUUUUUUUACAUUAAACAUAUUCCGAGUUUACAUACGAGCUUUUUUCGCUAGUCGGUACGUCUUCUGGGUAAACUUACGUCGGUUUUUCUAUCGUAGUCGACAAAUGAGAAAGUCGGAUGCCCAUCGUAACCAGUAGUAUCGCCAACAGUGUUCUGGUCAUAUUCGCUUAAACAAAAACAAACUACUUUGAAACAUCCGGGCAAUGAAAAAUCGUAGGUACCAAGUUAAGUUUAUAAGAUACGGCACCGACAAAGUGUAUACCAGUUUUUUUCCCGUUUGUAAUAUAUAUUUAAAUUUACCACGAGUGUUCGACAAAGCACUGACCAAUUAAUAGAAUUUAAUAAGGACGUGCCACCAACGUAGUAUAAAAUAUAUUAUAAUAAAAAGCCGUUUAAUAUUAAUCGCAUAACCAUUGACACAUUGUAAUAUUGUCAUUUCUCAUAAUAUGUUACCGUGAUUUUAAUGUACCAUUAAGGUUAUUUUCUGGCUAUGUGAUAACUUUUACGUUAUUUAUUUGAAACAAUAGUUUAAAAGUCUUAAUCGUAUGAAAAUAAUAUAUGUUAUACUAAUGUUAAUUCGUAUACGUACAAAAGAAUUUAAUCGGUGAGUUACUUUUUCCCAAAACUAUAAUAUUAUUAUAUAAACAUUUAUUAAUUUAAGUUAGACAAAAUAUGUUAGUUUUACCAUUAUGUGUCAGACACACAUUAUAUGAUAACAAACAAAUUAGUCAUUA